AGUGGUUGAUGUUGGGACGUGCUGACUGUUCUGAGUGCAUGUGGGUUCAUUUCCUCCGUGUGUUUCAGGGAAUGGCUACACACGGACGAAGCCGCUCCGCUGGUGGUUCCGCCCCGCAUGGAGAGGAGCGUCGAGGGACGACGUCAUCGCCGGCAAGGAAAACGAGUCAGGGAGGUGGCGGAGGGGAGGAAGAACGACGGGCUCAAAACUUGUGGUGCGAGUACAACAAACGUGUCAGGUAUUUGGACUGGGCGAGCCAGGACAGCUCCGACCCGUUGCAACCACCGUGCGGGCCGCUCUUGUUCGUCGCCAUUCACGCCGACAAAACGCAUCUCGCAGGGUCCAUCGUCCAGUGGGUCGACGUUAAUGAAUACAAUUUCAAGUUUACGUUGAAGAAGCAUUACAAAAGUGAUGGUUCCGUCGACGACAUCGCAAAAGGAUGCAAGGUUGCCGGAAGGAUGUUCGGCGGGUACGGCCGGCGUGCGAAGUCUUUGUCGUACUUUGUCCCGCUAGCGCCGGGGCACGGCGAGGCCAUUCACGUGACAGACUUCCUCGAGCUCUGGAGGAGAUCUGGUACCUCUGUCAGUGUCGUGGACGUCGGACCUGGGACAUCGAUCAGUGGUCCUGUUGGGUUCGCGGGAGGAGAGUGCUCUAAAAGGGGGAUGGGAGGUCAGGGUGGCCUGUUAGCUACGCCUCCUGAUCAAGAGGUGAGCAUGUCAGACGACUCAGAGGACGACCAUCCGCGUGCUCCUUCGAAACCGGGCUUGCAUGGAUCUCGCCGUCAAUAUUUGCUUGGGGAGUCGACGCCACGUGGAGGCGGCGAUGGCGAACGGUUGCGACAGGGCUCAGAAUCAACGACUCCUCGUGGUCUGGUCGAAAGGAUCGGUUUGUUCGUUCGUGGCAUGCAGGUGGCCGAGGUUUCGCCUGGAGAUCACACGGCUGGUCCGCAGGUUCGAGAGGUGCGUGGGUCAGAUGAGACGACUCGCCGGGCCCGACCUGCGCCUGCGCAACUGCAGACGGAGUUGAGCCAGAAACGAGAAGCAAGUGGGAACGUCGCCGGGGAGGAGGAGGUGUCCGAGCAGGGGCUGUUCCGUGAGAGAUCGACUGAAAAGACUCAGUCGGGAAGAAAGCGCAACUUGCCGGAUGAGGAAGAGCGAGAGGGAGUAGGUGCUCUUAAAAGGCAGAGAAAGGUAGGAGGGAGUGCUCGGACGCCAACAACACGAGAGGGCGGUUCUGUUGAGAAGAGGAAAAGGGUUGGAGGUGGGGAUGAAACGCCAAAAGACUCGUUGACACAGCGAAGAACCAGUGAGUCUUACGGGAAACGGUCGAAAUCAUCGAGGGGGAAGAAAGCAGAUGAGGGCGACAGCGGGGAGGGAGAUGAAGACGUGGAGAUUAACCUCAACGCCUUCCUCGAGAUGCAGACAGGGGUGCAGAAGGACGUCGUGUUGCACAUCCAUCCUGAAAGAAUAUUAGCUAUUCCAGACAAGGAAGACGCAUACAACCACCGAUCCUUGGACGAGUUCCUCGUUGAUACCAUCGCGUCGGCUAUGAUCGACUGCUACGAACGUAAAGACAUGAGAUACACGAAGCCAAUUUUUGUUUUCGCUCCGAUCGUCGCGCCUCAAGAGAAUGGUAAGCCUGCUGUGCGCGUGCUGCCUGCUAACUUCGACAGCUCACAGCCGGAGAAAUACUGGUAUUAUCAUGUGUAUGGACAGCAUAACGCGAGGGCAGCGAUGAAGGUGAAAGACCAUCCCGUGUCUGAGUACUACAACUUCUGUAAAUGGCCGUUCAGACCGAUCUACUUCCCUGACGACGAGUUCGAUGGCUACGCCCAUGUCAAUUGCGAAGACAACAUGAAAGACAAGAAGAAUCCACCGCGCUUGCAGGUUUUGUCUAUGUGGGACAUUCGCAAUAGCUGGAGAUUUAAGGCCAAACCGCGUGUGGUGCUCGACAAUGCGUCGAAGAAAAAGGACGAGGUGCGAAAGUGGGUGCAGUUGAUGGCGUUGGCUAUGAAGAAGACACCGUACACGCCUUUGUGGAACCUGUCAACGGAAGAAAAGAAAAGAAAGGAAUGGGUUGAGAAACUUCGAUACUACCUCCUGCUGGUCAUGGCAGAUGACUCCGUCUUCGCUUUGGGAGAGAAGUUCUAUGAGGAGUGGUCGAAAGGCAAACUCCUUGCUUUUGACGGCCGGCGUUGGACUGAAAAGCCACCCACCUAUGAGGAGGUGGCCAAGCCAGGACUUUCCACUGUGAUUGACAGCCAGGGGCUGAAGAAACACGUCUGGUACGUGAAGGUAGAUGACCCGUCGUUGAAAAAGGGCAAGGGGAAGCCAAAGAAAGACCCAGAGGAGAAAACUUUCCACGUCCAAGUUUCUGAGCCGGAUGUCCACUGCUGGAAGGAAUUGGUGGACUUGACGGACCGCGAGAAGAAAAGGUUGUUGAACGGCGUCUUGAACCUUAACGUCGUGUGGGUUCAAAUGAGUAGCUAGAAGUUGGCCGAGCAAGGGAAGUUCAGUGUCAAGGAGAUGGUCGACAUAAUAAAAAUGAACCGGAUUA